CUUAGAUUUGAGUUAGUUUUUAUCGCUGUCAAAAUUUUAUGUUUUUGACUGACACAUUAAAAAAUAAAAUGAUUCAAAAUGUCUUUUAUUCUUUUGUGAUAUGCUUUCUGUUGUGUGGACCUCUAGUGAAGUCUAUAAGGACGAAUAGAUUGCAUGGAGAAAUAGGUAAUGAGAAUUCGCCAUUACAAUCUGGAAUCUCUGAAGAAUGGAGGGCUGUCCCAUGGGCUAUUGAUGAUUUAAAAUUAGGUCAAGUGAGUGGUGUGUCUCUUGACCCAAAUGACAAUGUCUAUAUUUUCCAUCGAGGAGAAAGAAAGUGGGAAUAUUCUACAUUUACAAAUAAAAAUGUGUACACUGGAAAAGCAAGUGGACCAAUUAAGGAUUCUGCUAUUCUAAUAUUUGACAGUGAGGGAAGAACACUGAAUAAGCUAGGAGCUAACAUGUUUUUUCUACCUCAUGGCAUUACUGUUGAUAAUGAUUUUAAUAUUUGGGUUACCGAUGUUGCCCUUCAUCAAGUAUUUAAAUUGUCACCUAACUCAAGUAAAAUUCUUCUAAAAUUAGGUGAAGAAUUUGUUCCCGGAUCUGACUCGAAACAUUUUUGUAAACCAACUUCAGUUGCAGUAUUAGCAAAUGGAGACUUUUUUGUUGCUGAUGGUUAUUGCAAUUCUCGUAUUAUGAAAUUUAAUUCUGGAGGAAAAAUGAUCUUAGAAUGGGGAAGAGGAACAUCUGGUUAUAGGCCUGAUAACUAUCAGUUGCGAGUACCUCAUGCUUUAACUCUCAUUGAAGAUAAAGGUUUAUUGUGUACUGCAGACAGAGAAAAUGGAAGAAUUAUUUGUUAUACAACUAAAGAUGGGACUUAUGCUACCCAAUAUUCUUCAGAAUUUAUGGGAUCACGUCUUUUUUCAGUUGCAUAUUCAUCAAUAUUUGGUGGACGAUUAUUUGUGGUUAAUGGACCGAGUUCUAGCGCAUUAAUUCCAGUACAAGGAUUUGUUCUAAGUUUGAAUGGACAAAUACUGGGAAAUUUUGGUUCAGGUCUGAAGAAUCCUCAUGAUGUUGCUACAUCAUCUAAUGGAAGUGUAGUUUAUGUUGUUGAAAUAGGACCAAAUCGAGCAUGGAAAUUUGUUUACAAUAAUCCAGGCACUACUGUUCCUCAAGUUACCGAGACACCUAAACUUUUUCCUCAAGAAUCUAAACCAGCAGAGAUAAAUAAAAGUUCUGAUGAUGGGGAAGGUUUAACAGGUGCAAUUUUAGUAACAGUUAGUUGUUUUGUUUUUGCUUUUGGAUUAUUGAUAAUUAUAAUGUAUUAUUCCAAGUCUAAAAAAUCUGGCAAUGGUGACACUAAACGUUUAUUGUCAAAUCGAGAAUAUUAAAUUCAUUGACACAUAGGAUUUUUUAAGAUUUAUCUAAAGAUUAAUAAUUUUUUAACAUAUCUAGAUUGAAUAGCUA